AAAUCGUUAUUUUAAUAUGAAAUGCUCUUAUUUCAGGUGAAAACACCAGCCACAGCAUGAAGGAGAAAGCUGAAGCUGAGGCUCAGAAACUGAUGGGAGGUUUCCUCACGUCUCUCCACCAACAACUGAGAGAAAGGAUCUGCACCAAGGAGGUCAGGGUGUUGAUGGGAAUUUUCCUCUAUGACUGUGAGACACGUGAAACCUCACUGGAGCUCCUGGAAGCGCUGGAUACUGGAGCGGAGGAAGAGGAUGAAGCCAUCAGUCAGAUCACGGAUGAGGAAGAGGGAACAUCCCACCUUCUACUCGAAGGAGACAAGGCUGAAAUUGAGGAUCAGGUCAAAGUUGAAGCUGAAGCUGAGACUGAUGCAGUUGUUGAAGAUGAAGCUGAAGGUGUUGCUGAGGAAAACACCAGCAAAGGCAAGGAGAAGAAGAAAAGGACCAGGAGAGGAACCCGAGGCCGAGGAAGAAAGAUCAAUUAUAAGAAGUUCCAGGUCCAUGAAGCAGAAGGAGCUGAAGCUGAAUCUGAGGCUCAGGCAGGAGUUGAGGCUGAAGUUGAGGGUGAAGCUGUGGCUGAAGUUUUGGCUGAAGUUGUAGCCAAAGUUGAGGCUGAAACUGAGGCUGAAACAGAAGUGGAAGCAGAAGCUGAGGUGAAAACAGAAGCUGAAGCGGUUGUCGAAGCUGAGGCUGAAGUUGAGGGUGAAGCUCCCAUUGAAGCUGAGGCUGACCCUGUGGCUGAAGUUUUGGCUGAAGUUGUAGCCAAAGUUGAGGCUGAAGCUGAAACUGAAGCCAAGGCUGAAAGCGACAUGGAAAUUGAGUCUAAAGCAGAGGGAAAAGUUGAAGCUGAAGGUUUUGCUGAGGAAAACACCAGCAAAGAAACAGAGAGGAAGAAAAGGACCAGGAGAGGGACACGAGGCCGAGGAAGAAAAAUCAAUUAUAAGAAGUUCCAGGUCCAUGAAGCAGAAGAACUUGAGUCAAAAGCUGAGGCUGAAGAUGAAGUCGAGGCAGCAGCUGAGGCAGAUGUUCCAGCAGUAGCUGAAGCUGAAACAGAAGCCAAGGCUGAAGUUCAGGCAGAAGCUGAGGAGAAAACUGAAGCUGGAGUUGAGUUUGAAGAUGAGGCUGAAGUUCAGGCAGAAGCUGAGGUGGAAGCUGAAGCUGGAGUUGAAGCUGAGGCAGAAGUUCCGGUUGUAGCUGAAGCUGAAAAAGAAGCAGAGGCUGAAGUUCAGGCAGAAGCUGAGGUCAAAGCUGAAGCAGGAGUUGAGGCUGAAGUUCAGGCAGAAGCUGAGGUGGACGCUGAAGCAGGAGUUGAGGUUGAAGCUGAGGCUGAAGUUCAGGCAGAAGCUGAGGAGAAAACUGAAGCUGGAGUUAAGGUUGAAGCUGAGGCUGAAGUUCAACCAGAAAAAUGUGAGAAGAAGAGAAGGACCAGGAGAGGAACCCGAGGCCGAGGAAGAAAGAUCAAUUAUAAGAAGUUCCAGGUCCAUGAAGCAGAAGAAGGAGCUGAAGAUGAAUCUGAGGCUCAAGCAGGAGUUGAGGCUGAAGUUGAGGGUGAAGUUGUAGCCAAAGUUGAGGCUGAAGCUGAGGCUGAAGCUGUUGUUGACAUUAAGGCUGUGGUGGAAGCUGACACUGAAGCUGAGCGCGAAGCUGGCAUUGAAGUUGAAGCUGAACCAGUGGCUGAAGUUGAGACAGAAGCAGAGGCUGAAACAGAAGUGGAAGCAGAAGCUGAGGUGAAAACAGAAGCUGAAGCGGUUGUCGAAGCUGAGGCUGAAGUUGAGGGUGAAGCUCCCAUUGAAGCUGAGGCUGACCCUGUGGCUGAAGUUUUGGCUGAAGUUGUAGCCAAAGUUGAGGCUGAAGCUGAAACUGAAGCCAAGGCUGAAAGCGACAUGGAAAUUGAGUCUAAAGCAGAGGGAAAAGUUGAAGCUGAAGGUUUUGCUGAGGAAAACACCAGCAAAGAAACAGAGAAGAAGAAAAGGACCAGGAGAGGAACCCGAGGCCGAGGAAGAAAGAUCAAUUAUAAGAAGUUCCAGGUCCAUGAAGCAGAAGAACUUGAGUCAAAAGCUGAGGCUGAAGAUGAAGUCGAGGCAGCAGCUGAGGCAGAUGUUCCAGCAGUAGCUGAAGCUGAAACAGAAGCCAAGGCUGAAAUUCAGGCAGAAGCUGAGGAGAAAACUGAAGCUGGAGUUGAAGCUGAGGCAGAAGUUCAGGCAGAAGCUGAGGUGGAAGCUGAAGCUGGAGUUGAAGCUGAGACGGAAGUUCCGGUUGUUGCUGAAGCUGAAAAAGAAGCGGAGGCUGAAGUUCAGGCAGAAGCUGAGGUCAAAGCUGAAGCAGGAGUUGAGGUUGAAGCUGAGGCUGGAGUUGAGGUUCAAGCUGAGGCUGAAGUUCAGGCAGAAGCUGAGGUGGACGCUGAAGCUGGAGUUGAGUUUGAAGCUGAACCUGAGGCUGAAGCUCAACCAGAAAAAUGUGAGAAGAAGAAAAGGACCAGGAGAGGAACCCGAGGCCAAGGAAGAAAGAUCAAUUACAAGAAGUUCCAGGUCCAUGAAGCAGGAACUCUGAAGGAGGUGGAUGAGGCAGCAGUCACUGAAGCCAUCAGGGAACUGAUGAACAUCCUCCUGGAUGAGAGAGAGGAAUGCAGUGUCCAGUCUCUGGCAGGAGAAAGAGCGGAGAUUGUGACGAGUGCCGACGUUGAAGCCGAGGCUGAAGCUAACUUCCUGACCGUCCACCUGGAGGAGACGGAGGACGAGAUCCACCUGCCUGAGGUGGAGGAUGUGGUGGAGACUGAAGCCAUCAAUCAGCUCCUAAACGUCCAGGACCAGACAGGAGAAACGUCUGGCCAGUCUCUGGAUGAAGUAAAAAUGAAGAAGAAGGUCAGGAGAGGAACACGAGGAAGAGGGAAAAAAAUCAACUACAAGAAGCCUCAGUGGGAGCAAAGAGACGGAGAGACCAGAGAAGAUCAGCUCCAGAAACAGCAGAGAGUGGUCAGUUUGAACCUUUCUAAGGCAGCAGGACCGGACGGCGUCUCGGCUCGGCUCCUUACGGCCUGCACUCAGCAGCAGCACCGGUGUUCAGGGGGAUAUUCAACCUCUCCCUGGAACAGUCACUAA